AUGCCUGCAGCUGAUGUAAAGAACGAUGAGGGUCCCAUCGGACUCUCCGACUUUGGAGACAACAUGGACAUCGCAACCUUUGAGCAGAUUCUCGAGAUGGACGAUGAUGAGGAUGAGAGAGAAUUCAGCAGAAGCAUCGUCUUUGAUUUCUUCCAACAGGCCGACAACACAUUCGACAAGAUGGACGAGAACAUUGAAUCAAAGGACCUCGCCCAACUCAGCGCCCUCGGUCACUUCCUCAAGGGUAGUAGCGCAACACUUGGCCUGACGAAGGUCAAGGACAGCUGCGAAAAGAUUCAACACUACGGCGCACAAAAGGACGAGACGGGCACACACGACGAGCCCGACGUCGAGAAGUGCCUCGACAACCUCAAGGUCGUCAUCGCACAAGCAAAGAAAGACUUCCAGACCGUCGAGCGUCUGUUGAGGAGGUUCUACCACGACGACGAGUAG